UGAUCUCAUACUUGAAGCGCUUCGACAACUUCCCCAUUCUCGUGCAGCAGUCCAAAUGCUCAACAUGCUCGGCUUGCGGUGCAGGGCCCUGGCCUCACCGGUCCGGUGCUUGAUGUUCGGAUCUCAGAUGACAACAAGACUUCAAGCUUCAAUACCAACCUCCUCCACCACAUCCUCCAUCCGCACAUUUUCCUCUGCUCUCCCCUCCAUUCUCUCCCAAGGGACUCUCUCCAGAUACCGCACAGCUGUACCCUCCGCGUUAGGUGCACUGCAAACCCGGUCCUUCUCUGCUAGCGCUUGCCUCGCCGGCAAGCGAUCAACCUACAACCCCUCGCGGAGGGUGCAGAAGCGCCGCCAUGGCUUCCUGGCACGUCUACGGUCGCGGGGAGGGAGAAACAUUCUGAUGAGGCGAAAGGCAAAGGGGAGGAAGUUCCUGAGUUGGUGAGGGGUUGAUGGCCGGAGCCUUCAGUCAGUCCAGGCCGGUGUGGAACGGGUCACCUGUAUUUUUUUGUGUUUGGACACACGAUAUUCAAACUCGAGACUCUUGCGUGAUAUCUCUCUUUGCGUCCUUGGUUGUUUGAUAUGCGGUCCUGAGCAUCAAGGUAAUUGAU